AUGAGCUACUUGCUUGCUGACAUGGGUUGCCUUUCCGAAAAACCCAAAAAAUGGAUUUUUCUGGUCGGCUAUCGGCAAAAAGGAAAAACACGUAGCCUGGGACGUAACGUAUCUUUCACACGACGACUAUUUCAUAACGACUAUUUUUUUUUUGGCCUAUUUUUUUUUGGCCUAUUUUUUUUGGCCUAUUUUUUUUUUGGCCUAUUUAUUUUUCACCUAUUUUUUUUGGCCUAUUUUUUUUUCACCUAUUUAUUUUGGCCUAAUUUUUUUUGGCCUAUUUUGUUUUGGCCUAUUUUUUUUUUCACCUAUUUUUUUUUGGCCUAUUUUUUUUUUCACCUAUUUUUUUUUUUGGCCUAUUUUUUUUUUGGCCUAUUUUUUUUUUGGCCUAUUUUUUUUGGCCUAGUUUUUAUUAAUGUCCUAUUGUCUCUAUUGAUCCCCGACAUACAUUAA